ACUGCAGUGGAAAUAAGGUGACUGUCAUUGAGUGAAGAAGUUCCUGAAAAUACACUUUUUGGCUUGCUGCUGAAGUUUCAAAAGAAUUGAGGUGCUCGCAAAAUGUACGCAGAAAAUGUUGGAAUUCAAAGCACUAGUACAUGACUACUUGUAUAUAGAAAAAUAAUGCAUUUAGAAACAAAGUACUGGCAAAAAUUUCUUUUUAGCUGCCAGCACCUGUUUUGAGAGACAUCUUAAAUCUGCGGGCAGCUUGAUCUGAUAGCCCUAGAUGGUACUGAUACCAUCUAUGUGCUCUUCAGUGGGUGCAAACCUAUUUAAAGAUUUUCAGAGUGUAUUUUAGAGGUGGUUAAAUAACAUAUUUAAUACAGUUUUACCCUUUUAGUAAAAGUUGAACUGAAAUUAUGCUAAACGCCAGUAUUUGUAUCACAUUUUCAAACAACGUGUUCUUCCACUGCACAUAAUGAAACCUUUUCAUCCACCGGAGUGUAGGCUGAACCCGAGCUUAAUUCAUGAAAGGCUUCACUUUGUCCAAGUCAAGUAAGCUGAUAGCGCUUGGAAUGAGCCCUGUCUAUUCGUCAGUGUUUUCUAAGUGGUGUCCUGUCAAAACUGAAGUAACUUGUUAAGCUGUGUGUGGUUGUCUCUGUUCCGAACUGUUCUGGCCUCACUCCAGCUUUUUCCUGCGCUGUUUUGCACCCUGCCCCAACUGACCGUGCUGUUUACUUUCUGCCCUGUGGUAAAUGGAUGUCACUUCCUUGAUUAAAAUGCUGGUGCGCGGCCAAAUUCUCUUCCUUUGGGCUUGCAUGCUGCGAGGAGCCGCGCACCUAGCGAGCACGCACGCUCUCCAAUGCAGUCGUGUGCCACGCUCCCUUCUCCGGGUCCUGGCUGGAUGCUUUGCGAUGCGCAGCGUUGUCUGCUGUCCAAGAUGCCUAGAGCCUGCUCGUAGAGGCUUUUGGAGGAGUCGCUGAGGUGGUGAAACACAGAGGCAGCUGCGUAAUGCUGUAUUAAAUAGGACCUGAAGAUGGGCUCCCGGAAAGCACAAGCUGAACUACCAGCCGUGAGCUGUCCACAUCUGACGGUGAAGGUCUAGACAGCGCAUGGGCAUGGGGUGCCAGCGUCCGUCUGCCCUUCGCAGCAGAAGCAGCCGGUGGAUGUGAGGAUACAGAAGUGUUACUCGGCCACCAGCUGCUAGCCCAGCUGUGCCUAGCAGCCUCCAGCUCUUUCAUGCACAGAAGCCUGACCAAGACUCUACAGAAACUACCCUUGACAUCUAGUUGUGACUCGGUACAGAUUGACCCGAAUGUGCCAUCUUCUGCCUUUGUAGCUGGCCAGUUUCUCUCCUGGAAACUUAGAAUUUCAUCAAAGUUGCUGCUCAGACUGUUACUAUGUGGGCAAGCUGUUGUAACUGGUUUUGUCUGGAUGGCUCACCCGAGGAGAUGCAGCCCCAGCCGCAGCAGGGAGCCCGAGCCCAAGCCUAUUCCAACCCCGGAUACAGCUCCUACCCGUCUCCCACGGCGUCGGAGCAGAGCUGCAAGGCGUGCGGGGUGCGCUUCGACAAUUCGGCCAGGAAGCAUGUCUGCUUGGACUGUAAAAAGAAUUUUUGCACAUCUUGCUCGAGCCAGCCUGAAAGUGGUCCCCUUCUCUGCCAUCUAUGCCAGCGUUUCCGAGCCACAGCUUUUCAGCGGGAGGAGUUGAUAAAGAUGAAGGUGAAGGAUCUACGAGACUAUCUGGCACUCCGUGACAUUUCCACAGAGUUGUGUCGUGAAAAGGAGGACCUGGUAUUUCUGAUUCUUGGCCAGCAGCCUGUAAUUACCCAGGAAGAUCAGAUACAAACACCUUCUUUAAAUAGCAGUGCCUCUGGACAGGAAAACUUUGUGAUUCUCCCACCAACCAGCCUAGCAUCUUCUACCUCACAUGAUGCAUCUCCAGUGUCUGCAGAUCCCGUCUCAAGUUCGCUAGCUCAGGAACGUCCACAGGCAGAUGGGUAUGUACCUCCAAGCCAAGUCGAUAUGACAGGAGUUGAGAAUGCAGCAGAAGCAUCAGCAGAGGAGGAGACACAGUCCAUUGACUCAGAAGAUAACCUGGUGCAGGGGAGGAGGGCUUCUCUUUCUGAUCUGACGAGCAUUGGAGAUAUCGAUGCGCUCACUGUGCGACAGCUGAAGGAAAUUCUUGCUCGCAACUUUGUCAACUACAAAGGCUGCUGUGAGAAGUGGGAGCUGCUGGAGCGGGUGACUCGCCUUUAUAAAGAGAAAGACCUUCAACAUCUAGUUUCUGACACUGACGAUCAAACUGGUGGUGCUGGGCUCCCUGGCACGGAGGAGAACCUCUGCAAAAUCUGCAUGGACUCACCAAUUGACUGUGUCCUGCUAGAAUGUGGCCACAUGGUCACUUGCACCAAGUGCGGAAAGCGGAUGAGUGAGUGUCCCAUAUGCAGGCAGUAUGUGAUACGAGCUGUCCAUGUCUUUAAGUCCUAAGUGUCUAUAAGGAAGACUGGUGAUGCCUUAAAACCUCAUCUGCUGUUAGAGAAACGGUCAAAAUUGCUACAGAUAGUUAGGUCAGAGCAUAUAGACCUCAUAGGGAGCUGAAAGUUUAUAGGCAAGGUGAGGAAAGGAUGAAGCUUGGAGAAUUGCUCUUAUUCCAGCCAUGCUUGGCUAUGCCCUUCCCACUAUAGUGCUUUACACCACAGUGCCUGGACUCCCUGGAGCUUAUUGGCAGCAGCAGAGGCAGAAAUAAUUAACAACAUAUGUUCUAGAAUAAUUUGAUCCACUAGUGUUGGGGACAGAAAAAUGCUUGGCUUUCCAGUACAGAGAUAAGAUUCUGAGGCUUCUUAUUUCCUCUGGAUAAUAAACAAGUGGACUGGGGUCUCAGUAAGUGAUAUUUUCUUUUUGUUUUGCUGCUACUGAAUUCUGAUUCUGCUUUCUUCAUGUUAUGUUUAGGCUAUAUACCCACUGAUAACUUUAUUAUCAAAGAAUAAACUUUUGUUGGGCUUGU